CGGAAGGGACCCUCUUCCGGCAGCGGCCAGGAGGCUCUGCGUCCAAGCCUGGCCCCAGAGCCAUGCCGAGUGCCUCUAACCAUCCGUCCUUGCCGGGUGGUGCAGGCACUGCUCUGACGAUGCCCAGCCCUGCCCGACAUGGACAGCGUCGGACGGAGGCCACACAGGGGUUGCGACCCCGUCGUCCGACCUGGGCUGGCGAUUCGUUCGAUCUCGAGUGCCGUCAUGACAGACCCGGGGGUGUCAACCGCAACACUGUACUUGCAGCAGGUGGUCCACCACGGCCAAGCACCCUCGUUUCUGUUUCUCGGCAUGGGCCCUGGUGCCUGCCCGGGACCAGCUGCUGUCGACCGCUUCCUCUAAUAUCUCCUCGUUCGUUUCCUCUCUUUUCGGUUUGUUUUCUCCCCUCCCCUUCCCUUCUCCAGACUACUGACCGCAGUUUCCAUCCGUUCUUUGUUCGUUGUUCGGUCUUCUUUUUCUUCCAUUCUUUGGUUCGUCUUCGACACUGCCUGCUGGCCAGCAACUUUUGGUACUGUUGAUCAGUCAAUCUUUAUUCCGCUUCUCUUCCUCCGGCUCGACUUUUUUUUGUGUGUCUUUUCACGACUUUUAACGGCCUACUCCACCGAGCUCUGCGAGCCGACAAUAUCGCCAACAAGC